UUAUCCCGUGUGUUCUCGACCACAGCUCAUGAAGUACUUCUGCCACUGUACGUUCCCCACUACUUCCAACUUCUUUCAAACUAGUUUCUAUAGUUGAUUGCGACACCCAUUUCUUCUGCACACAAACAUCUCUCUCUCUCUCUCUCUCACUUGUUGUCUUCCUCGAUCUGGCACAACUUUCACGAUGCCUUCAAGACUAUCAGAUGCCUUUAGAGCCCAUCCUGUCCACCUAUACCCCAAACACCCGGACUUCAACUCUCUACAAGAAUUACCUGACUCCUACGCAUGGGGACUGCUGGAUCACGAGCUUCCUAAUUCCAGCAGUGCUCAGUCAUUUGGCUCCUCAGAUAAUUCCGUGCCAGUUAUCGAUCUUACUGACCCGAAUGCCCUCGCCCUUAUCGGCCAUGCAUGCAAAACUUGGGGUGUCUUCCAAGUUACAAACCAUGGCAUCUCCAACAACUUGCUUGAUGACGUUGAGAGCACUGCUCGGAGCCUUUUCUCUCUUCCCGUCCAUCAAAAGCUCAAAGCAGCUCGUUCCCCCGAUGGUGUCUCCGGCUAUGGCCACGCUCGGAUCUCUUCCUUCUUCCCAAAGCUCAUGUGGUCCGAGGGUUAUACUAUCGUAGGCUCGCCAUUCGAGCAAUUCCGCCAACUUUGGCCCCAAGAUCACGGCAAAUUCUGCGACAUAAUUGAAGAGUACGAGAGAGAGAUGAAGAAGCUUGCAGUGAGGCUUAUGUGGCUAAUGCUAGGCUCGUUGGGCAUCUCUAAGGAAGACGUCAAAUGGGCUGGCCCAAAAGCCGACUUCAAAGACGCAUCAGGUGCCUUGCAAUUGAAUUCAUAUCCGGCUUGUCCGGACCCAAACCGAGCCAUGGGUCUAGCAGCGCACACCGAUUCAACCCUGCUCACCAUUCUCCACCAGAACAACACAAGUGGAUUGCAGGUACACCGGGAAGGGACCGGGUGGGUCACGGUUCCACCACUUCCCAGUGCACUGAUCAUCAACGUCGGCGACCUCCUACACAUACUAUCAAACGGUUCGUACCCGAGCGUGCUCCACCGGGCAGUAGUGAACCGGACCCAGCAUCGUCUCUCGGUUGCUUACCUGUACGGCCCACCGGCCAGUGAGGAAAUCUCACCAUUUUCGAAGCUUUUAGGACCCAGUCAACCACCACUUUAUAGGCCAGUCACUUGGAGCGAGUACCUUGGUACCAAGGCCAAGCAUUUCAACAUGGCACUUUCCUCUGUCCGGCUUUGUUCCCCUCAAAAUGGAGGAAUACUGGUUGCCGCAAAUGAUCAUAAGAGACUACAAGCAUGGCCAGAAAAUUAAUUUGCUUUGAUUUUUUUUUAAUAUAUUUUUCAUGUCUACCCUUUUGUUUUUCAUGCUGUUUUUAUUUGACCAUGUUAUCAUUGGUAAGCAAUCUCAUUUUGUCAAGGAA